AUGGCACGCCAGUAUGACCUGGAGAGCCGUAAACUAGACUUGGAGAUGUUUAAGGCAGAGAAUGAGCGGAUGCGUCUCAUGCAGAGACCCAAUCAGGAACGUUAUCCUCAUUUUCGUAUAGAGGAUGCAAUUAAAUUUGUUCCUAAAUUUAAUGAAACCGAGCCAGAGUAUUUCUUUAUUCAUUUCGAGCGAGUAGCUGCCUUGCAUGGUUGGCCCGAAGAUAAGUGGGUAUUACUAGUACACAGCGCAUUUGUUGGCAGGGCACAAGAGGUUUUCUCAGCUCUGGAUUUGGUACAGUCACAGAAUUAUCAUGUUGUAAAAGAAGCUGUGUUAAAUGUUUAUAAAAAGGUACCAGAGGCUUAUAGACAGGAUUUCCGCAAUUGCCGUAAAGAUGGUAAACAAACCUUUGUUGAAUUUAUCCGCCAAAAGCAACUUUUGUGUAAAAAAUGGGUCGAGAGUGAACUUGAUGCACUCGAGUACGAUAAAUUACUUGAAUUGUUUAUACUCGAGGAUAUAAAGAAGUGUAUGCCUGUAAAAGUUCGCUCUCACAUUGACGAGCGUGGUCUGCGCACAUUAGCCGAGGUCGGUAGUGCCGUCGAUCAUUUCGCUCUCACUAAUCCGAACUACUCUUGCAGAUCUAAUGAGCCUUCAUUCCAGUCAAGCCAGCAUAGUGGUAAGAGGAUGGAGUAUAGUGCCAGGACUGAACUGCCAGAUACCCACAGGACUGUAAAUAUAAAGUCGUCAGAAACAGCUGAAUCUGUAAAUGUGACGCCUUCAUUUAGACCAUUUUGUUCUACAGGAUUUCUUAGUGCCGAUGAAUCGUGCACGUCUUCUUCCCCGGUCACUAUACUACGGGACUCGGCUGCAAAUAUAUCAUUGGUGCUCAAAGAGGCUGUUCCUAACCCUGACUGUUACACUGGAGAGAUGGUAAUUAUUAAUGGACUGAUAGGGUCCAAGAACAUUCCCAUUUGUGAAGUUUACAUUAAAUCUGACUUGAUAUCUGGAUAUGUAAGAUUAGGUGUUGUUGAUAAGAUACCAAGUGAUGGCAUUUCCCUUCUUAUGGGUAAUGAUCUAGUUGGUAAUAAGAUGUGGCCUUGCCCUGUAGUUUUACCUAGUCCCACUAAGGAAAACAAUACAGUAGAUUUAGAGAGGGAGUACCCUGAUCUCUUCCCCGCGUGUGCUGUCACACGCAGUGCCAGUCGUAGGGCCUCCCAUCCUAUCAAAGCGGUUACUCCUAGUAAUACAUUAACAGAGGAGAGCCCAAGUGAGGUAAUUACAGAGGAAUUCACACUAGCAGACUUCUUUAAUUCAUCAGCUAAAGUUUUAAGUCAGCCUGCAUCUGACCAUCCUGAUAUAGUGAAUUUCAAAGCCACUCCAAUUACUAAAGAGAAGCUAAUUGAAGAACAACACAAUGAUCCUGAUUUAAAAACAUUUUAUGAUAGGCUUACUGACCUAAGUGAUUUAGAAACUUCUCAUGUGUGCUACUAUCUCCAGUCGGGCGUUCUUAUGCGUAAAUAUAAGCCAUAUAAUAUAUCUGCAGACGAUACAAGAAAGACUGUACAUCAGAUUGUAAUUCCUAAGUCCCUUCAUACUGACGUUUUGAAUAUUGCACAUGACAUUAGUGGUCAUUUGGGAGUCAAGAAGACUUAUUACAAGAUUUUAGCUCAUUUUUAUUGGCCAAAAAUGAAGAGAGAUGUUAGUCGUUAUUGUCAGUCGUGCCAUAUCUGCCAAGUAAAAGGUAAGCCAGGAGCUGGCAUCAAACCAUAUCCCUUGCAACCUAUCCCAGUGUUAAGAGAGCCUUUCAGUAAAGUAGUUAUUGACUGUGUAGGUCCCCUUCCCAAGACUAAACGGGGUAACAAGUUUCUGUUAACUAUAAUUGAUGUGGCCACCAGAUAUCCUGAAGCUUUUCCCCUCAGACGCAUUACUACUAAGAAUGUUGUGAAGGCCUUAAUAAAGUUUUUCACCCAGGUGGGUCUGCCUGCCGUAGUACAGUCAGAUCAAGGAUCGAAUUUCACGUCCAAACUGUAUGAAAACGUUAUGAAGUCCUUGGGUAUACAGCAGUGCAGGUCUAGUGUAUAUCAUCCUCAGAGUCAAGGGGUUGUUGAAAGGUUUCACUAUACUCUAAAGACAAUGAUAAAAGCCUUCUGUUUGGAGACUGGUUCUGAGUGGGAUGAAGGAAUAGACUUGCUUCUAUUUUCACUUAGGGACAGUGUUCAAGAGAGUCUCGGAUAUUCACCAUUUCAGUUAAUUUACGGCCAUGAAGUGCGUGGACCACUAAAAGUCCUAAAGGAGUGUUGGUUAAAUGAAGAGGAAGAGAUUCCUAUAGCUGCAUAUGUUAACAAAUUUAAGAGUAGGUUACAAACAGCUAUUUCAAUAGCCCAUAAUCAUUUGGGUAAGGCUCAGACGAAAAUGAAAGAACAUUUUGAUAAAGUAAACAAUUCUGAAGAAAGAACCUUUAAAGAGGGGGACUUAGUUUUAGCCUUGCUACCUCUUCCUAACCAGCCUCUUCAGUCUCGAUAUGCAGGGCCAUUUCGUAUUUUAAAACGAACCAGUGAUACGAAUUAUGUAAUUGAAACACCUAAGAGGCGUAAGAAACAACGUCAUGUACACGUGAACCUCCUGAAAAAAUACUAUGAACGAAAUGAUUUGAAGGAAAAUGUACGAGAGGUUUCAAUAGUUGUACCUUCUAAUAUCAGUAGUGAAAAUAAUGAAACUAUUCCUAUUGUGGAGCCUAAUCUCACCAAUUCAGUCAUCUUAGCUAAACCUGAUGAUAAACUUAAACACCUUUCUGCUGCCCAAGCAGCAAACAUUCGUUCUCUUCUGCAGGAGUAUGAUAAACUAUUCAGUGAUGUACCACAUCUCUGCCCUCUGCUGGAACACGAUGUUGAGACUAGGGAUGCUAAACCAGUACGCCAAGCUCCCUAUCGCCUCAAUACCGAGAAGAGGGCAUUCCUGCAGGCAGAGAUUCAACGUCUGAAAGAACAGGGUAUCAUCAGUCCCAGCCUUAGCCCCUGGGCAUCCCCUGUGGUCCUAGUUCCCAAGAGUAGCGGCACUUACCGUCUAUGCGUGGACUACAGGAAGGUGAAUGCGGUAACUGUGGCGGACUCCUUUCCUCUCCCGAGGAUGGACGACAUCAUUGAUGAUUUGGGGAGGGCACGCUAUCUGUCGAAAUUGGAUCUCCUCCAGGGGUAUUAUCAAGUCCCGUUAACCGAGAGGGCGAGGCCGAUUUCUGCGUUUGUCACCGCGGCCGGCCUCUACGAGUUCAGGGUUCUUCCGUUUGGGAUGAGGAAUGCCCCGGCAACCUUUCAGCGACUGAUGAAUUACCUGACGGCGGACCUGGAAGGCGUUCGCUGUUACCUCGACGACCUCGUAAUCUGGAGCGAGUCCUGUGAGGAACACCUCGUCCGCCUGCGUGCGCUCUUCUCGGCCCUGGCAGACGCCAAUCUUACGGUAAACCUGCAGAAGAGUGAAUUUGGACACGCUCAUGUCACCUUCUUGGGCCACGUGAUCGGUCAGGGCCAGGUCGCACCUGUCGCCGCAAAGGUGGAAGCUGUUCUGCAGUAUCCCGCGCCCGUCGACCGGAAGGGCUUGAUGCGCUUCAUGGGGAUGGUCGGCUACUACAGAAGGUUCUGUAAGAACUUCUCGCAGGUAUCAGCACCUUUGACAGACUUGCUGAGUACGAAACGGACAUUCAGGUGGUCAGAUGAUUGUCAGCAAGCCUUUGAAGACCUGAAGCGCCUCUUAUGUACCGCCCCCGUCUUGCAAGCUCCUGACAUAAGUAUACCGUUUACGAUACAGGUGGACGCCAGUGACAGUGGUGUGGGAGCGGUACUCUUACAAAGAAGCGGAAUGGCAAACGAAAUAUCAUUGCGGACGCACUCUCGAGAUCGUAGGUGGUGUGGUCUGCACUCAGUGGCCGCUGACUCGACACUGCGAAGGACAGAGGACAGGAAAUUACGAAAUCACAGUAAAAGACAAAACACCAUGUUUAAGAUUUCUGCUUUGUGCGUGCUGGUGUUGGUGCAGGUUUCUGCCGGACUCUAUUACGAGAACAGGCCGUUAGUGUGUCCCUUGAAGCAGGAGGUGCAGUAUGAAGACAAAGUAAUACAAGCCACGUACUUGGAGGUCCUUGAGGAACCCUUGGUCGCUACGCACGUUCAUCUCAAGACUGUUUACCAGACAACCACACUGCCCGUCACUGCCACCUACAUCCUCACCGUCACUGCGUCCCCGCCAAAUGCCACCGUCACAGAAGUCCAGCUGGUCGAGACUCAAGUGCCACACACUGUGACGCAGAUCGAGACCGUCACCAACAGACUCACCGAGACCGUCCUCGACGUGGCCACACGAACGGCAACCAACUACCACACCCUCGUGGAAACCGUCCCCGUGCUCGAGACCCACUUUGACACCGUGACGGAGGUCCACACCCGCUUGGCCGAUAUCACGCUUACGGUGCAGGAGACCGAGUUUUCGACGCUCACCUGGACAGUCAGUCAGCUAGAGACCCAGCAGGUCGUGGAGAGCAUCGAGGAGACGAGCGUGACGACGAGCACGGAAUAUGUUCCUCGAUACAGAACCAACACUCACACGCUCACGAAGAUGGUGACGCAGACUGUGUGCCCGCCUAGUGCACAACACUCGCUCAAAUGGUGA